GCGCCGGGUAUAUAAAGCCCUCAGACACAUCUGCCCGGAGAACCGCUCUCUGUUUUCAAACACACCUCUCAGAUGUUAGCGGUUUGGGUUUUUUAAAGUCUUGUUUCUCUCAAAUAAAAGGUCGGAACAGAUUGUCUAUAUUUCCAUACGCGAAAGGAAAGCAAGUUGGAUGUACUUGAGAGUUUUUCAGUUAGAAUUUGUUUUAAUAUCUCUACUUGAAGAUGAAAUUCAGUUUGUAGUGUUUAUAGCGACUGGCCAAACAUCAUGAUUCCACCUGGAGAGUGUCUGUAUGCUGGGAGGAAGAGGAGAAAGCCCAUGCAAAAGCAAAAACCAGCAGGGGUGAACCAGAAGUCGAACCCGUCUAAAAGACACCGGGACCGUCUCAAUGCCGAGUUGGACCGACUGGCCAGCCUGUUGCCAUUCAAUCCAGAGGUCAUCUCCAAAUUGGACAAACUGUCGGUGCUGCGUCUCAGCGUGAGCUAUCUCCGCGUCAAGAGCUUCUUUCAAACAAUUCAGGAGAAAUCAAGCAAAAAGCAAAGCCCUGCCUCCUGCAGCCCUGAGCCCAAGAAACACAGUCUAGGCAACAGUAUUCUGGAAAGUGAUCUUCUUCUUGAGUCUUUGACAGGGUUUGCACUGAUCGUUAGCUCAGAUGGUGUCAUCUUCUAUGCUUCUUCUACAAUCGUAGAAUACCUGGGCUUCCAUCAGACCGAUGUGAUGCACCAGAAUGUCUUCGAUUACAUCCAUGUGGACGAGCGGCAGGAGUUCAGAAGACAGCUGCAUUGGGCCAUGAAUCCCCAGCAGGAACACCACUCUCCCUCAGGAAAUGAUGAAGACUACAUGGUAAGAAGUCUGUUUAACGCUCAAGAGCUAAACGGCGUCCCUCCGGAACUUUCUCCAUUCCUCACUCGCUGCUUCAUCGCUCGAGUACGCUGCCUGCUCGACAACAAAUCCGGCUUCCUGAGGAUGCAGUUUCAGGGCAGUCUGAAGUUCCUCCAAGGCCAGAAGAGGAAGAGUAAAUCCGGAGCUUUGAUGCCGCCUCAGCUGGCUCUGUUCUGUGUGGCCGUGCCGCUUGUCCUGCCCUCCAUCACCGAGCUGAAGAUGAAGGGCAUGAUGAGCAAACCGAAAGGCUCCAACAUCAGUGAAAAGAGGCACCACAUUUCUCGCACCUCUUGUGACGCUGACGACAUGAAUCUUAACUGGCACAGCGGAUCGUGGACGGCUCUUACCAAAGAGGGCACCCAAUAUAAAAGUGAAGGUCUGUACGUCCAGGACGAGCCCCUUAACUUCUGCAUGUCCUCUACGGCGGCCCAUAAAGUGCAGCCUACGCAAAGUCCCUGGGACUCUCGGUGUCACUCUGCCUCACAGGGCGGAUACUUCAGCAGCAAAUUGGGGAAGCACGUCCAGUCCGGAAAAUUCCGCUUCUCCCCAGGUUGCGCUGCUGCGGCGAUGUCCCAGUGUAAGCAGUAUGGACUCGGUGAUAAGGACGGGUACUGUGGCUACAGGAAGACUGAGAGUACUAGAUACACGGGCAAUAAUGAUUGUUACAGCAACCUCCUGCUGCCCGAGACCGCCAUAAAGACGGAGCAUGAUUCCGACUCGGAGAACGGAUGCAGCAUAUACGGCACGCCCCAUAACGGCGCCUGGCGCUACAGCACACCCUUCCCAGACGCACACCAGGUGAAAACAGAGGCAGACUAUGAUGAGUAUUAUAGCAAACCUAGCAUCACAAAUAUCUCCAGCAUCAACGGACACCACAAAUAUCUCUACACAGGAGCGGGAAGGCCGCUGAAAUGCGUCCUUAAUAAAGACCAUUCAGAUCCUCACAGCCUCCAGGAUACAAACUGCCACGCAUACACGAACAGCUCUGAGUCCAAGGUCUUUAUGCAGCCCGACUACAAGCUCAGCUACGAGGUGAGGAACCACAGUCUUCUUCACCCCAUCAAAAGAGAACCCGUUGACUCUCUGCCCUGGACUGAAGGCAGCCAUGAUGUUAUUCAACAACACGUGGACAGAAAUGAGGCAAAUUGUGCACUGAACACAGUGGUGCACAAAACCAGCGCCUAUUUGUAUAUGCAAUAAUCAUCAGUGCCAAAUGCUACAUUUCGAUGCUCAGGUAGAUGUCUUAUUAUAGAUAGGUGUUAUGACACUUGUUUUUAAGGGCUAGUUCUCUAUUAUGGCACUUUAAAAGAUGACAGAGUAUUUUGUAAGUAAUAUUUGUAGCAUAACCUUUGCAGUUACCUGGUAUGGAAUUUUACAUCAUAUACAUUGUAUAUUUCAUUUAUCGCAUCUUCCGACAGCCUGGUUUUAAAAAUGUACAGACCACAAAAAGAAGGGACAAUCCCUUGGUUAAGGGAUUAUACUAUUUAUACCACAUUGAAUUCUCCAUUCUGAUCGGUCAGAAGAUGUUGAACUCUUCCGUGCACUCUUUCUAAUGCGUUAUUGUUUCUAUAGUAACAACUCAUUCACAGGGACUUGUGUGGCAGACAUUCCACAUGAUCUAAGACUAAUAAUAAAUCGAUUUAUCGAAAAAUGUGCUAUUAUUUAACAAACAAAAAUAUAGAGUCAUUCAUAUCAUAUAUGAUCUGGCGUCUCAAGGGCGCACUGUGGUUUAGUGGUUAGCACGUUGCCCUCACACCUCCAGGGUCGAGGGUUCGAUUUCCACCGCUGCGGGGGUUUCCUCCGGGUACUCUGGUUUCCUCCUCCAGUCCAACGACAUGCAUAGAAGGCUGACUGGCAUGUCCAAAGUGUCCGUAGUGUAUGAAUGUGUGUGUGAUUGUGCCCUGCGAUGGAUUGGCACCCGGUCCAGGGUGUACCCCGCCUUGUGCUCCAUGCUUCCUGGGAAAGGCUCCAGUUUCCCUGUGACCCUGAAAGAUAAGCGGUAUAGAAAAUGGAUGGAUGGAAGGUGUUUCACGGGUCAACUAUGAGAUGUAAAACAGUAUUCUGCAUCGAUAACAAUCCGGCUUGUUCUGUCAUUUUGAAUUGGUAAGAUUUUAGGACAAAAACCUAAUUCUGGGUUUUUUUUUUGGUUUUGGAUGGGUUUUUUUUUUUUUGGUUUCUGAAAUAAAGUUAAAAAACAAGCUUUGAUUUGAAGGUCUCAGACAGAGGAUGAUGCACGUGCUACAAUCAGCUGAAAAGUGUCCUCUGCUUCUGUAUCGUCUGAUCAAGAGCACCAUUUCAUCCAAGGACGAAGAUGCUCGUGGCGUCAGAUUUGCAUGUACGUGCCAGCGUGCAUGUGACAGUGUACAUUUGUGUGUGUGUGUGUGUGUGUGUGUGUGUGUGUAUAUAUUUGUAUAUUAUCAUGCUGCAAUGGGGAAAAAAAAUAUUUCCUUAUGUCUGAAUAAAUGUUCUAAUUUAACCUUGUCUAAAAAGCUUUUCUUUUUUAAAAUAGAAUAUAAAUACUGAUUAAGAUAAUAUUGAGAUCACUAAAAAGCUGAAAGUUCAGCUCUUUUUGGGUUUUUUUUUUUUUGGAAAAUGAUUAAAUGGUGGUGCAAGUCCCCUUUAUAAAUAUGAUGACAUUUUUAUGGUCGAAACCUUUAAUCAGUUCAGUUGUACUGAAAAGUUUUUGUUGUUUAAAUUCAUUUUUAUUAGCAUUUCCCUUUAUGAUUCCAGUGAGCUUAUUUCACUUAGUUUUCAUCACCUUGCAUUUUAUUUCUUUUUUGUAUAUUUUUUUUAGACAUUUGAAUUAAAAAGGCUGAAUUGCUCAGUGGAAAGUACAUUAUUUCAACAUGGUGUGGCUUUGUAUUAAGAUAAUGAUGGAUCUCAGUUUGUUGUAUGUAAUAAUUUUUUUUUCUCUUUGACAUACACCAUAACAUAUAAUGUAAAUAAUAAAUGAGUAAAUAAGGACAUGUUGGAGACUACAU